ACUUGCAGAGCUAGCACCGGGUGACAGUAUUGCAGAGGCAGGUCGUUCUUCUUCUGCUGCUCUCUCCAUCUUCUGUCCAUGUCCGCUUGUAACCGUUGGCUCGCCCUGUUUCUCAACGGUAGACUGUCCCUCCGAUUCUCUCCCUAGGGACGAGCUAUCAAAACUGUCGCACUGCGAGGAUUCUGAUUGUGUUACCGUCGCUAUCUACUCAGAACGACUAAAGUUCUUGUGAGUGGAGCCUCAAUUUCGUCUGGUUCGAGUCGGUGCCUAAUCUUCAAAUUUGGUUGUGUAGUUGUUUUCGAUUGCUGCUCCGUUAUGAUGACGGAGGCGUGGUGUACCUACCUGUGUGAGAGCCGUGUUUCGACAUUUAUCAUGGAACUCGUAAUGUAGUCGGCGCAUGUUUGAGUUUGUGUGAUGUCCAGUCGGAGCAGCUGUGGAAAGUUUGAUCGAAUCCUCCGCGACUAAUCCGACUAGCGGUGUGGUGUGGUUGUUGGAGGCCGAAGGAUGAACCUGACGAUGUCACGCGCAUGGGAUGCGUCUUGCUUGGGAACGGUCCCGUUUUAGCUUUUGCACUUCAACGCUGUAAUGAACGAAAGGCGUUCACAUGAUAGAGUGUCUUAUAUAUCGUGAUGAGUACCUUGGUUUAGCCAUCUGAAGUGGGAAGAGGUCCAUGGACACCGGUGGGUCGCCCAGCCUGCCAAUUUCGGCCGCGAAGGUGGAACGAACAUGUGGCUAAGGUGGUGAUGCUAUCAGUGUAGCUGAAACAGGGGGGAGGCGGAGCACUGAAGUUAGGAAGUCCAAAUGGUGAAAGAUACGCCAAGUGUUCGCUCCUCCCUCAACUUCAAGAACAAGUCUCCAUCGAAGGUUAAGGAGGCGACAAUGUAUAGCAUUUCCCCUGCGCGCCCUCCUUUCUCGGCCGUCUCUGUACUGGCACGAGAUAAUUUGAGUGCUGCGAACUUACCGUCAGUUCAGCCUGCUUCUAACACUUCAGCGAAGUUGCAUAGGCGCAGUCCGCAAGCGAAGACUAGGGGAGGCUCCUCUCAAUACAUUUCUUAUCCGCAUUUGGAAAAUGUUGAUUCUAACAUCGGAUGCUCUUCGUGCGCCACUAGUUGCUCUGAUAAGUUGAGCCCUUCUCAUGGCACUCCAUUGAAGAAUAGUUCGAAGAGAAGGUCAAACAGCACACGUCUGCAUUCGAAUUUAAGUGAUUUUGAAAGCGUGCAGGGAGAGUGCGUUUCAUACACUUCCUCAGAUGUCAGAUCAGUGACAUCUAGUAGCGAUGAAGAAGCCACAACUACUGACGAUUCUGAUCCUUCCCUGACAUCCGGAAGCGAAUCUGAGAAUGCUUGCCGUCUGAGACAAGCAUCAGUAAGAAGACAAGAAGGGCUCAGAAGAAUGUCGCUUGGUCCCAAAAUUGAGGCUGCUGUUACCAAGCUAGAGAAAACACCCUCUAAACCAAUUAGACCAGUAAGGAUCAAUGGAGCCAAUCUUGCGAGCCCAGCCAGCCUACGAGCUGGCGUGCAGAGAGCACUCCCAUUGCAGCCGAACAUGAAGGAUUCUAGCCAAGGUCAAUAUCAUUUUGACCUUCAAGUGGAUCCUUCCUUUUGGGACGAUCACAAUGUCCAGGUUGUGAUUAGGUGUCGACCUCCAAGUAGCAAGGAGUCUGUGAAGCAAUGCUUCACUAGAUGCGUGAAGCAAGAUGGACCUCAAGCCAUCACAUGGCUGGGCCAGCCCGAGACUCGCUUCACCUUCGAUCACGUCGCUGGUGAAAACAUUUCACAGGAAAAAAUAUUCCAAGCGGUUGGGUUGCCCAUCGUCGAGAAUUGUAUGGCUGGCUACAACAGCUGCAUGUUUGCUUACGGCCAGACUGGGAGCGGCAAGACCCAUACAAUGCUUGGAGACAUUUGCGACCUCGACGACCGGCCUAAUGAAGACCGGGGGAUAACACCUCGCAUCUUUGAAUAUUUGUUUUCAAGGAUUCAGAAGGAAGGACUAGCCCGGCAAUUGGAGCAGCUAAGAUAUGUUUGCAAGUGUUCUUUUCUGGAAAUCUACAAUGAGCAGAUUACAGAUCUCUUGGAGCCUUCCUCAUCAAAUCUUCAAAUACGAGAAGACUCAAAGAAAGGUGUAUACGUGGAGAAUCUCACAGAAACGGCCGUUAGUAGCGUUCAAGAUGUAGUCUCGCUGCUCUUGAAGGGAGCUGCCAACAGGAAAGUUGCCUCUACCAACAUGAACCGAGAAAGUAGUCGGUCGCACAGUGUGUUCACUUGCACUAUCGAAAGCAGAUGGGAAAUCAAUUCACUAACAAACAUGCGCUUCGGACGCUUAAAUUUGGUGGACCUUGCAGGAUCGGAACGACAGAAAUCUUCAGGGGCUGAGGGGGAUCGUCUCAAGGAAGCUGCCAGCAUCAACAAGUCACUUUCCACUCUAGGGUUGGUGAUAAUGAUUUUGGUGGACGUUGCAAAUGGAAAGCCGCGCCAUGUGCCUUAUCGUGACUCGAAGCUCACGUUCCUUUUGCAGGACUCUCUCGGAGGGAAUUCCAAAACUGCUAUUAUUGCAACAAUCAGUCCUUCAAUUUGCUGCUCAAUGGAGACCUUAAGUACACUCAAAUUUGCGCAACGCGCCAAAUUUAUCCAGAACAAUGCUGUUGUCAAUGAAGAUGCAUCCGAUGAAGUGCUGGCGUUAAGGCGUGAGAUUGUGCAUCUUAAGCAUGAAUGUUGGGAUGACAUUGUGGAACAGGAGGAAGUGGCAAGAUUGCGCUGCCAGGCAAUCUCAAGCAUUAGGAAGGAAUGCCGACGAGAAAGCAAUGAGUUUUUUCGGAUGUCAGUGACUGGCAGGGAUCUGUUUGAUGCAGCAGAGAAGGAGUGUUCCGAUGAGGGGGCCGACCUGAAGUCGACUGAAUUACUUGAGAAGAUCAAGGCUCUCGAAGCAGUCUUGGCUGGAGCGUUAAGACGGGAGCAUAUGGCGGAGACUGUUACGAAAAACAUGUCCGCGGAGAUUGUUAAGGCCAACAAAGUGAUUGAGGAGCAAUUUAUCGAAUUGCAGAACUAUAAGAAUCUCUUGCGAAUGCAUGCUGAAGAACAAGCUCGCCUUCAAUCAGCUGAAGGAAAAGAGCCUUUAUCCGACCCAGGGAUGCAUGCAACAUUUGCAGAAAAGCUGAAAUUUGCGGAAAGGCUUGAGCAGUAUCCUACUGUCACUAAAUUAGAAUUGGAGAACGUCCGGCUUAGAGAGCAAUUGCACAGUUACCAAGUAUUUUUCGAUUCUGGAGAGAAGGAAACAAUGUCUACAGAAAUUCAAGGUUUACGAGACCAGAUUCUGGAACUUCUCGAUCGUAAAUUCUCUGCGUCGCAAGGCUCGCCAUCUAAGACGAUUGCAAAGAAUGAGAGUGACCGCAAGGAGCUCGAAACAUGCCGCAAUGACUUGACCAAAUGCUUAGAGGCCAGUGCUCAACUGCAAAAGCAAGUAGAUGAGUUACAGGGACUGGUCAAUCAGUUAACGGAGCAAUGCGCCGGGAUGGAAAAAUUUAAGGAAGAAAAUAAAUUCUCACAGACUAGGUGGGAGCAUGCCUCCUCUCAGCUCUACCACGAUCUUCUGGAAGGGGAGCGGGUACUUACCGAGGUGGUACUAGAGAUGGACGAAAUCCUUGGUGAGGAUUGGUUGCUGAAAAACAUGCAAGAAAAAUCUGUGCGCUGGUCAAUUGAGUCGAGUAAGUCACUAAAGGACGUGGAUGUUGAGCACGACUUCUUUAAAAGGGGAGAUUCGUGUUCUACGGAUGAUAUAUUCGGAGAGAAAAGAAACUCUCGGAGGAAGAAGAGCUCUGGCUUCACUCCAAGAGUGUCAAUCAUGGCUGAUGAGAGGCUGAAGCUGGAGGGCAUUGUUUCCCGCCUUGAGAAAGAGAUUGAGGAGCACAAGAAACGGCUUCUGGAAGCAGACCAAGCGCAGGGGGACUUGAGGAGGCUGCAGGGAGAAAAUCUCCGGCUCAAGGAGGAAGUGGAAGCAUUGACUAAGAAUUUUGUAAUUGCAUCCGAACUCUUUCAAGACAAUGUGGCUGACCUCAAGGGUGAGAUACAAGAGCUUCGAAUUAUGUCGCAAAAGGAGUUGGAUGAAUUUCGGAGAGAUAAGUGUGAAUUCAUGGAAGAUAUCGAAGCUUUGACUUUGAAUUCAUUGGGGUUCUUCGAAGAUAAUGCUGACUUGAAGGGUGAGGCCCAAGAGCUUCGACUUCAGUUGCAAGAACAGAAUGAGGCAUUAGAGCUCUCGCGAGCACUGACUGUUGCUCUCGAGGAAAAUCUUCAUAAAGCAGAACAGGAUCAGAAAAAGCUGGAGAUAGAGGAGAGAGAUAAGCUUGAGUUGAAGGAGCUCGAGGAUUUUGCUAAGAAUUGCGUGAAGGCAUCAGAACUCCUUACAGGUAGUGUGACAGACCUCAAGGGUGAGAUUCAAGAGCUUCAGCUUAAGUUGCGAGAGGAGUUUGAAGAAGUUCAGAGAGAAAAGAGUGAACUGAAGGAAGAAAUGGAAGCUAUGGUUAAGAAUUCAUUGGAGUUUUUCAACGAUAAUGCCGACUUGAAGGGUGAGGUUCAUGAGCUUAAACUCAACUUGCGGGAACAGAGUGAGGCAUUAGAGCUGUCGCAAGCACUGACAGCUGAGCUUGAGAAAAAUUUGACUGAUUUAGAGCAGGUAAAAUCGCACCAAGCGGAGAUCCUGGAAUUGAAAGUUCAGGAAGCAUCUCGUAUUCAGGAGGAAUGUCUCAAAUUCCAGAAGGAAACCGUGCGUCUGUCUCUGGAAUCUGAAGACUUCAAGAAAUUUUUUGAGCAAACAGAACAAGCUCUUGUGAGCAUGACACAGAUCAACCUCGAGCUCACAGAGGAAAACGCUCAAUUUAAGUUUCAAGCUGGCAAGGCUGGGGUUCUACAAACUACUCUUGUGGCGAAGAAUGUAGAGCUCGAGGCUGUGCUCAAAACGUGUCAGCAGGAGAUUUCAGAAUUGGAGACGGAGAUAGAACGACUGGAGCUUUCACUUCAUGAGGUGGAAUGCCGCUAUCAGGAGCUUGAAACUACCUCGAAGGCUGACGAAGAGGCUAUCGCAGCGGUUGAGUUUGCAAAGCAGAAACUUGACAGUGAAGUGAAAAUGGUGAGUUCGAAGUUGACAUCAACCGAUGCGGUGCAAGAAGAGCUUCGCAUGACUGUGAGCUUGCUUCAUGUAGAGCUUGAGAAAAAGAUUCAGAGAAUAGGAGAAUUGGAACUUCAAUUAGAGUCCAAGGCAGAACUUCUAGCUGCUUAUGUUAAAGAGUUAAAGUUAAGCGCCGCUGACCUAGAAUCUCACCAAAUGCGGAUAUUCGAGCUUGAGGAAUCUCUUGAAAAGAAAUCCAAAGCCAUGGAGUUGUUGGAGGAGGCACUGACGAGUGCUACAGCAACUUGUGACGCUGUGAGGAGUGAGAGGGAUGAAGCUCGAGUUUUAGCGGAUCAGCUGCAACUUGAAGUCGACUCAAGUGGCGUAGAACUUCAGGAGCUUCGAGACAGAGUUGUUCUUAAUUCCUUCGAGCUGGAAAUCUUUAUGGAUGUGAUGGAAUCGGUCAGUAGUAACUUUCAGAUCAGGUCUCAGACUCUGUCACAGGAGCUAGAGCAUGAGCGUGUUGCUUUGGGAGAAUUGCAGCAUCAUCUCCUUUCUUUGACCACUACUCUGGAGACGAACCAUGCCGCAUUGUGUGAGUCCCGAAUCAAAGAACAAAAUUUACUGGCGGACCUCCUAAGGGUAAGGGAACAACUGUCCAGUACUGAAUCGGACGUACGCGAAGUAUGCGAAGUCAAAACUAUCCUUGAAGGAGAGGUAUUGACGAUUUCUGAAGCCUUGAAGAACAAGAACCUUGAAAAUGACGUUAUCAAGGGGGAAAUUGCUGCGGUUCAAGCGCAGGUUUUAAAUUACCAACGCAUCACUACAGCCAAUGAACUGAGAUUUGGAACUGAUGCCCAGGCGAUCACACUGUUAAAUGAGACGAUAGAACAUUUAAGAGUUCAGCUUCAGAGGAAAGAGGAUCUUCUACUAGGGCUUGAAUUUGACAUAAGUCUUCUUCAGGAGCACGCUGCGGAAGACACCGACCUCAAACAAGGGCUUCUUGAAGCGAAUAUUCAAGUCGGUGAGCUUCAAGGGAAGGUGCAGAUCCAAUGGGAGGAGCUGAAGGAACUGGCCUUGGCAAAGAGUAACAUCGGGGAGCAGUUUGCUCGCCUUUCUGCGGACAUGGAGCUUAAGAAGGACCAAUUGUCAAGAUCUGAAAUGCUUGCUGCACUUAAGACUGAAGAAAGUCGAGCACUAACCUGCGAAGUUUCUCAGCUGCAAACUAGUUUGAGUUCUUUGGUAGCCGAAGUGGCCGAGAAAAAUGAGGCACUGGGCUCCCUUGAUAAGGAGUUGGCACUCACGAGGCUUGCAUUAACGCACAUGUCAGCGGAAUGCGAUCACAAGAAUGAGUCACUGAUGUCAGUCCAAAGUGAAUUGCUAAGUGUAUCAGCUGAAAAGGAUGACUUAAGAGCACAGUGCUCGAUUUUAGUGGAACAGGUAGGGUCCUUACAAGGUAAAACAGCGCAUCAAGUUGCUGAAAUGGAAGAUAUGCAAGGAAAGCUUUCAUUAUUCACUACGACAGAGACUUGCUUGCAAGAACUGAAGUUGGAGAUACAGACAAUGUCUUCGCACUCUAAGUCACAAGAAGCUGCGUAUAAAGUUGAGCUGGCUCAAAGUAACGAAAGGAUUCAGCAACUGAACUUAUGGCUUUCGAAUGCAAGCGAAAGAGCAUUUGAACUUACACAGGAGCAUGGCAAAUUGGAAGCUUAUAUCGCUGAGUUGCAGACAGUCAAAGAUAGCUUAGAUGCUCAGCUGGCUCAAAGAAAUGAAGCGGAGAAGUCAUCGCUAUCUCAGGUUUCAACGCCUUCAGAGAGUACCAACUUGUUUCUUGCUGAAAAAGAGGCCAUGAAAUGCGAGAUCGAUGACCUUCAGAGAGUGAACUGUAGCUUGAAGACGGGUUUGGCAUUGAGGGUUGAUGCCAUGGUUCCUCUAGAAAGUGAAAUUAUGGUGACAAGGAACCGUCUUGCACAGUUAGAAGAGAAAGUAGCUGAUCAGGAGUCUACCAUCUCCGCCUUACAGGAGAAGCGCCAUGAUAUGGAGAUAGAAAUUGCUCUCAAAUCUGAUGCUGUGAAUUUAGUGGCAGCUGAGCUAUCAGCAGCGCAAACUGUGAUCAGGUCCUUAGUCCGAGACCUGGAGGACACGAAACAGCAGGUUGCUGCUUUUGGUACAGAACAAGUCACUCUGGAGGCCAAAAUUGUGCAGGAAGAUAAAGCAAUACGCUCAAUGAACGUCGAAUUGACUGCGGCGAAUGAGGCAAAUUCUUGUCUAGAGUCGCUUAGAUUGAAGCUUGCGGAGGUUGAAGUUCAGAAAGGUGCAAUUGAGAAAGAACUCCGUACUGCCAACAGGCGACUAAUCGAAUUGCAGGAUAAGUUCCAGGAAACGGAGAGUUUAGCUGCUUUGAAAACUGAUACUGCCAGCCCAGUGACAGCUGAGUUGUCAGCAGCACUAGCUGUGAACAGCUCACUUGCUCAAAAUUUGAAGGACGCUAACCAGAGGAUUGUGACUCUUUUCACUGAAAACGAAUGUCUGGCUACUAAAAUCCUGCAGAAAGACGACGAAAUUACAUCCGUUAAAACUGAGUUGUCGGCAGCGAGUAACGCCGUCAUGUGUCUGGAGUCUCUUAGAUUAAAACUUGCGGAUUUGGAACUACAGAAGGAUUCAGUUACACAGCAGCUUGCAGAAACUGAAGAAUCAAAUAAUAGUCUGACUUUAGAGCUUGCCGAAAAAAUCAAAGCACUAAGCUCAUUACAGGAUGAGUUUAAGAUAGCGCUAGAAUCCUCCACUGCCAGCCGCAAAGUAAUCAAGACAAUGGAAUCCGAGAUCAAUGCGUUGCUGUUGGAGAGAGAUUCUUGGCAGACAGAACUUAACCUUCAAUUAUCGACAGUAAUCUCUUUGCAGAGCGAGUUGGUUGAGGCAAGAUCAUCUGCACAGUCGUCGAAGGAUAGUAUUGCUGCCUUAGAGUCGAAAGUUGAAGCAUUACAGACCGAAAGGGACAGCAUGAAAAUCCAGAUGACAGGGUUUAACUGUGAGUUCACAGAGGCUCUGAAUAGCCUUCAGCUCGUGGAGAAUGAUCUAUCUGAAUCUAGAAGAGUUUUGGAUUGGGUCUCAGCCGAAAAUGCUGCUCUGCAGGCUCAGGUUGUGGGGCUGCAGUCCGAGAAAGGAACCUUUGAAGAAGAGCUCUCGUUCAAAAUAGCAUUGAUUAUGUCGCUCGAGGCAGAAUUAGUAGCAACAAGCUCAUCUUGUAUGGAUUUAAGGAAAGCGCUGAACUCAUCCGAAUCGCAAGUUGCUGACCUCCAGACCAUGAAGGCUGCUUUGGAACUAAAGCUUGCUGAGAACAGGGCUUCUAUCAGUUUACGUGAAAGUGAGUUAUUGUCAACGAACACUGUGACGAUCUCCAAGGUCCAGGAGAGCGAUGAGCUUAUAACCCAGGUAAAAGCUUGGCAACAAAAGUGCCGCGAUCUGGAAUCUCAAUUGGACAGCUUUAAGGCACAGGUUAAGCAGCAAGAUCUGCAAUUGGCUUCAUUGGAGGAACUAUUAGCUCGUGAAUCUGAAGCUCUUCGGUACAUGACUGACUCAGCGAACCAUGCCACACAAGAAUGUGACUCUUUAAAAUCAGAGGUAGAUGGUUUGAAGGAAAUACUCUGCACGAACGACACUGCAUUAAAGGAACAGGAGGCAGCGUUCAAGACCCUUGAGGGGCACCUUAAUUCUGUCGGGAAUGAAACUGAGAAGCUCCGGGCUUUAGGGUAUGAAAGAGAUCAGGCCCUCGUAGAGAUCCAGGCCCUGCAUGGCGAGCUCAGAGCAGCCCAAGCACUUGUGGCCAGUCACAAAGCCUCUGCGCUCGAGGCACAGAAGUUUGCAGAAGCUAAUAUUCUACGUGCCAGUGGGAAGGAGGAAGAAGCCAGAACACUAAGAGUGUCUGUCUCAGCGCUCAAGAAUCAGAAAGACACUUUGGAAAAACAGUUGGAGGCCACGAAGAAUGAAGCUGACAGACUUCGGCUAGCUCGUGACGAAUUUGAGAUGGAACUCCAGGGCAUGAAGAACCGGAUGACAAUGCUGCAAGCCGUGCACAGCACUGGUUCACGAAACUUCAAGGGAUUCCAAGCUGCACAAGCUGCGAGCCUUGAUUUACAAAAGAGGCUGGAGGAAAAAGAGGCGGAAGUGUCUCAGAUGUACAAACGAAUGACUGCACUUCGCAGCCAGAACGAGGCUCAAUCAAGUCGGUUAGAGGAAAUGGAGGCAGAACUUACUCACGUGCACCAGGAGCUUGACGAUCUGCAGUCUCAAUGUGAAGGCAAAGAUGCCCAGCUGAAAGCCUUAAAUGAGCAGCUCAAGGAAGCUGAGACGCUUACUCAAGAUGUGAUGCGAGACCUUCACAAUGUGAAACUGGAUAUCAGUAAUUAUGCUUCGCUUGUAAGUCAACAGCAGCUGGAAUUAAUCUCUGAAAGAGCUCGGCAUUCUGACAAUGCCCGUGAAAAGGAUGAAGAGCUCUCCAACUUACAAACGCAGCUGAAUCAAGAGCGUCAGAAUUGGAUGGUGGAAAUGAAUCACAAGCAGGCUGAGAUUGUCGUUGCUCGUGUACUAUCCGAGAAAAUGAGGCAAAAGAACAAGACACUCGCCGCCGAAUACAAAAGACUUAAAGUUGAUUAUCAGGGGAAGAAGAAAAAGCUCAAAUUCCUAGAGCAACAGCUCACGCAGCUUACUACCGAGACUCGGAGAUUUUCUAUGGGUACGGAGAGCGAGGCCGACUUUGAUGAGGUGCAACAAUUCAAGGCCCUCCUUGCUCAGGCUAAUGAUCAUGAACGUGCACAGCGAAAUUAACUAGAUUCAAACAAGCCACCAACAUUUUACCUGAAAUGUUCUCUUCUCAAAAUCCAAGGGAUUGAGCUCAGGCGGAUCACGUCAUGUGCCUCUCUCUGCUCCGAAACUCCAAUCAAGAACAUUCUUUCGGUACAUUAUCCGAUCCUUACACCGAUCAAUGCACACCUACUGUUUCCCUCUCCACUUUUUACAUUGCAAUGUUUGAACUGUGCUUACCAUCCUACUAGCAAUGGAUUGCAGGAAUUGUAUAGAAAGUAGAAGAUCGAGAUCUUCAUUUGUACAACACGGCUGUCUUACAAUACAGCCGAUUUAUGAGUAUAAAGCUCAUGAUACAUCCUCUUGGACUGUACGAUUAAAUAUGUAACAAAUGUCUCAAGAAAUUUCAGUCAGCUUCAUUCCUCUUCCAUUCUUGAAGUGUUACACCUCUCUGUACAUAACCCUAUUCUUCUAACUCUCUUCUAAUUUGUGCUGUAAGAUGGCGUUCUGGGAACUUCGUUCUACUUGAUAUCAGGCUUGGAAUUAGAGGAUCGUUUCCAGCAACGCAGUGCGGAAUAAUCCUACGCUCCUGCAAGAAUUACGGAUUCUUAGAGCCCUAUCCCUUCACUCCCUCAAAUGUUAAUAUGAAAAGAUAAAAACAUCUGUCGGGAGAAAACAGAAGUGGCGGUCUCAUCUCGAGUUGAGGAUCGUAUUGAGAACUAAGUGAGACCUAAAGACUUCAGUGCUGCGGAGUACCGGUGGGGGAGAAAAGGCCGGAGAGAAUCGAGGGGGGAUGCCGAAUAGGUUUGUGUGGCCAGCCAGCUCUCUAGCUUUCAAAUCCGAUACAAGAGAUACAGGAAGCCCAUCUCCCUGCAUCUCAUCUAUCACACUGCCGUACAACAUCCUCUGCCUUGCCCAUGACGAUUCCGACUUUGGUCCCGGCGGGUCCAGGUACUCUGGUCCUCCAAGCGUGAAAUGGCUCGCCAAUUUCUGCGGCUGAGGAGAAUGAUUACCGUCAACAGUUUAAUGCGGAAGACGAAUCUCUUCAGGCAGAUAGGGGGGCAUUGGGGGCGGUGGGGAUGGCUGAGAAGGAUUUAAGAAGGCCCCGAAUAUGUUGUGGCCUUGGAGCUCGCUAGUUUUGGAACAUGAAGAGGGCCGCUGAAGACAAUCGUAAUCUCCUGACCCCAAGUCAUGUCAGUUCUCAUGUUGCAUGGUAGAAGGUAAACAAAAUUGAAGCAAGUUCCUUACACUCGGAAAUUAAAAUGUUCGCAACGACAACUUCAGACACAAGUUGUAAGUAGCAUCAUUCAAAUUAACAGUCCGUGGACAUGCAUAGUGAGGAGUUGCAACCGCAGGACAACGACCAGUUAUAUCAGACCCUGCACCGCCACAGUCCUGCUUCAUUGGAAACUGUCCUCGAAAUACGUCGUUGCUCGACAACUCUCUCAUUUUACAUUCCGAGCUUGGCCUCCUGCAUCAACUCAAGCACGGUCAGUACGCACUGCUUAUCUACUGCUGGCCUCGGGGCAAGUUCAACUGAAGUAACGCAAGCUGCCGUUAUAGAGGCGCCCCGAUCGGUAUUAAGAUACCGUUUGAUCUUCGAUAGUAUUUCAUAAGGUCGAGAGCUCCCGAAUAGUUUAAGAUUGUCUCCUCCAGGCUGCAGGAUAAGAAAUUCCUAUCAACAAUAGAAUCCGAUUUAUUGUUC